UUUCAUCAGAAUAUUUAGCGGGGAAAAAUGCUCGCUCCACCGGAUGCAAUAGGUGGGGGGCAUUCGCACAUGCUUCAUCAGCUAGACAAAUUCCUGACGUACACGGUUUACGAGAGAAAGAGAACAAUUUCUGACGCCAUCAAUAACGACAUCAUCGGGGCUGUACACGCAGUUCUCCAGGAAAUUGAAGCAAUGGAACCACGCUUCAUACCCAGCCUACAGUUCAAAAAUGCGCCAAAUCGUCAUGAUGAAUCUUCAAGCUUUCCGGGAGGACCCUACUAUUCAGGCUUGGAAGUGCUUUCACCAACAGAAUUCCAAGUGCUGCUUCACUUGAAUCAAAUGGGGAUUUUCACCUUGUUGGACACAGAAGCGGUGGCCCCAGGAAAUGCCAUUCUCAAACUAAGCGAUGGUCGCAAACGAAGCAUGAGUCUUUGGGUAGAAUUCAUCACUGCAUCUGGAUAUUUGAGCGCAAGAAAAAUUCGGACCCGGUUCAAUGCCUUGAUCAAACAAGCAUGCCUGAAUCUGAAUACAUCUGAGAUAAUAGUUCUCGAUGGUGAAGAAAACGGUGUGGAAGAAGCAAGAUUGCAAAUUCAUGGGAAAUAUGUCGUGAAUAUCAUACCUGCUUUCAGAUGCGGCAUUUGGCCAAGAUCUGCACGAGAAGCAAUAGCCGCCAAUGUGAAAGCAGUGGGUUUUGAUCUGGUCAGCAAAGAAGGUCCCGUCAUCCGAGAUCAGAAAAACGAGUGGGCCAAGCAUUGUUCUUCUUCGGCAGCUGGAUCAACAAAUUUCUCCACAAGUUACGCAACGCCGGCAGGCACGAGUGAUUUCACUCACGUUUUUCACGCUUUUCCAAACAACAGACACCAGCAACAGCCGGGAUUGGAUUCAUCCGUGUCCGCAUCGAUUCAGGAUGCCUGGACAAUGAGCUUCUCUCAAGCAGAAGAAAUUAUGUUGCGACCAGGCUGCAGACGCCAAUGCCUCAGCAUACUCAAAACACUACGCGAUCGACAUCUAGUCACCAGCACGGAGACUGACGCCAAAACUGUCAAGCACGACACCGUCAUCACCGUUCGGGUUUUAACGGCUGUCCUGUUGAACGAAUGCGAAAAACAUCCCAAGGAACAAGACUGGCAACCUGCUGCUCUCGGCCAAAGGUUGAGUGGGACUUUGAUACAACUCAUGGCCUGUUUGCAGAGCCGCCAAUGUCCCGAUUAUUUUGUUCCCGCACUGGAUUUAUUUCAAGGAGAAACUCCUGAACAGCUGGAACACGCAGCAAGGAAGUGUUGGAAACUGACCCGGGAAAUUCUCACCAAUUCAGCGUGUUUUCAAACGCUUUAGCGAAUUUCGCACUAAUGCCAGUCUUGCGUUUCUGUCAGAAAGAUUCGGUGUUGAUUGCAUACAUCUUGGAACUGUUGCUGAAAUGCGCACAUGAAGAAACUUUUCGAGACUGAAAAUUCGAAUAUGUUUCAAUUUUCAAGUUAUAAAAACGACCACGAUGCAAAAUA